AUGACACAACAUACGCUGAUUGGCGCUCUAUGGCUCACCCUUCUCACUUUGGCCCAGGGCAGAGACUGUUUCUACCCUGAUCACUCGCGAGCCGAGGACUACACACAAUGCAACGCCGAAGCGACUCAAAGCGCCUGCUGCCAUAUCUCAUCUGCGUGUCUAAGCAACGGCCUUUGUCUCUCACAAACCGAAUUCGCCAACCGCAUCACUCGCGGCGCCUGCACCGACUACACAUACAGCAAUCCCGCAUGUCCAUCGCAAUGCAUCCAGAUCCAGCCUAAUACCAAUAUCACCCUCUUCCCUGCCAACGUGUUCCCGAAACCCAAAGGAAAUGGCCUCUUCUGUUGCGCUGGCAGCUAUAACAGCUCGGGCCGCCAGUGUCAGGUCGCCUCUGACAGCGACGGGAACCGGGAGCCUUUCACGCUUCCCGUGGGGAGUGUUAUAGUCGAUCGCCGCACCGGUGCCACACUGUCCGAUAACCCGACCACGAACUCGACGAGUGGCAGCGUGGUGACCGUGACGGCGAAGAGUGACAGUAAUGUCACAGCUGUUGGGGUCGGGGUGGGCGUCUCCUUGGGCGUGCUGCUGCUUGCUGCGCUGGCCGGGUGCGUGGUGCUCUAUGUACAGCUGCGGAAAGCGAAGAAAGAGCUGUUGCAUGGCGUUGAAUCAAAAGGUGCUUAUCGGGAUAUGCCUAAGGAGCAUCACGAGAAUACUGUGUUUUCUCCUCCGGUUGGACAGCAGAGUCUUUAUGCAGAUGGAACGAGUAAGGCGUAUAGCUAUGGCUCGAGUCAACCUCCUGCGGCGCCCGUGGACUCGCCAUUUAACAAUAUCGUGGCGGAGGCGCCGACGGAGAGAGACGUUGCUAUGGCGGAUAGUCGACCGGUGCUGAAGCCGUGA